UUCUCUCUUCCAUAAUAAUACUAAUAUUCUUUCUUUCUUUCCCUUGCUAUAACAGAAUUUAAUUUAUAACUAAUAUGGGUCUUGAAAUACAACAAACUUGUGCUCAGCUUUCAAAUAUUGCAUUGUCUGAUACUCAUGGUGAAAACUCACCUUACUUUGCUGGAUGGAAAGCCUAUGAUGAAAACCCUUAUCAUGAAUUUACCAACUCUUCUGGUGUUAUACAAAUGGGAUUAGCUGAGAAUCAAGUUUCAUUUGAUUUGGUAGAAAAGUACUUGAAAGAGCACCCAGAGGAUUAUAAUGGUUUUAGAGAGAAUGCAUUAUUUCAAGACUAUCAUGGACUUAUAUCAUUCAGAACUGCAAUGGCAACCUUCAUGGAACAAAUAAGAGGCGGUAGAGCCAAAUUUGAUCCUCAAAGAAUUGUCAUUACUGCUGGUGCAACUGCUGCCAAUGAGCUCUUAACCUUCAUUCUUGCCAAUCCUGGAGAUGCUUUGCUUGUUCCUACACCUUACUAUCCAGGUUUUGAUAGAGAUUUAAGGUGGAGAACUGGUGUAAACAUAGUGCCAAUUCACUGCAACAGCUCUAACAAUUUCCAAAUUACACCACAAGCUUUACAAGCUGCUUACAAAGAAGCUCAAUCAAUGAACAUGAAAGUGAGUGGAAUGCUGAUAACAAACCCGUCAAACCCUUUAGGUAUAACAAUUCAGCGUGCAGUUCUAGAACAAAUUCUUGACUUUGUGACAGAAAAGAACAUCCACCUCAUCUCCGACGAAAUCUACUCAGGCUCAGUCUUUUCUUCCAAUGAGUUCGUAAGUGUAGCUGAAAUUCUCGAAGCUCGUAAUUACAAAGAUGCUGAUAGAGUUCACAUUGUUUACAGUCUUUCUAAAGACCUCGGUCUACCUGGUUUUAGAGUUGGGACAGUUUAUUCAUACAAUGAUAAGGUUGUGACAACAGCAAGAAGAAUGUCGAGUUUUACUUUAAUAUCCUCACAAACACAACAGUUUUUGGCUAAUAUGCUAUCAGACAAGGAAUUUACGGAAAAGUACAUUAAGAUUAAUAGGGAAAGAUUGAAGAAGAGAUAUGAUAUGAUAGUUGAAGGUUUGAAAAGUGUUGGAAUAGAGUGUUUGAGAGGGAAUGCAGGAUUGUUUUGUUGGAUGAAUAUGAGUCCACUCUUGAAGGAAUCAAGUAAGGAAGGUGAAUUAGAACUUUGGAAUGAGAUAUUGAAAGAAGUGAAGUUGAAUAUAUCACCGGGGUGUUCAUGUCAUUGUUCAGAAGCAGGUUGGUUUAGAGUUUGUUUUGCAAAUAUGAGUGAAGAAACUCUUGAAAUUGCAUUGGAAAGAAUUCGUAAAUUCAUGGCUAAAAGAAUAAGGACAAAGAAAGAAUAAUGGCAUUAGCAUGCUAUAUUUGACAAAUAAUAUUUCAUUACUAUUGAUAUCUUAUUUAUUUAUUUAUUUUUGAAAAUGGUUCAUUGAAGGCCAUUUAGACAAAUUCUUUGUCGGUGAUAUCAGGAAACUAUAGUGUAAAAUACAGAUUCACUUGAAGUGUAUUUUUUUGUAUUAGUUGUGUUGAAAUUGCUACAAAUUUCUAGAAUAUUCUAAAUAUAAUAUGUAUGAAAAUGGUAGAAUAUCCUAGAAUUAUAGUGUAUAGGAAUAUGGUAGAAUAAUCUAGAACUCUAGUGUGAAUGGAUAUGGUAGAUCAAUCUAGAAUUAUAAAUGUAUGUAAAAUAUAGAAUAACCUAGAAUCAUCAUGAUACUAAUCUAUCAUGAGAAUUCUAGAAAGAACUAAAGAGAUGUAGAAAUAUUCACCACCAUUGAGAGGUUGGUGACUUGAGCCUAUAAAUAGGCAAUUGCUAUCUUGUAAUUCAUCAUCCAAGAAAUCAAUGAAAUAGCCUUCUUUCUAAACAACUCUCUAAAACUAUCUUUUAUCAACUAU